AUCCGACAGUCAGUCACCGCUUUCCGAAGGCAGCGAUCGACGACUAACUAGGUGGAAGAAAUGGGCCACGCACGACCCUCGGCGGCACGAAGCGGUCCACAUGACGGCGUUUCGGGCUCCAGUCAGCCGAAGAGUCCUCCACGCCUCGCCCACCCGUCGGUCUCCUCGUCGACACCAGCAGCGAAGACGGCGACGGCCCCACCCGCCCAUGCACCCCGCGUAUGCAGCAGGCAGCCGCCGUGCUCGCUUCGCCGAUACGUUGUUCCUCGCGUCCGAUCUGUCCUCUUCGACUGAGGAGCAGAGUGAAGACGACGAGGUGCCGUGGGCGCGGACGCUGUGCGUUGCCCUAGUGGCGUUCGCCGCGGCGCUGCUGGUUGGCACCGUGGCUCUGGUCAUCGUCUCCCGUGGUGUGCCGACUGAGCAGCGCCGUUCGGUCGGCUACGAACACCUGCUGCGCGCACCCGCUGUAGCAGCUCCAGCGUGGCAAGUCAAAGGUGGACGGUUGGUGGGAGCUUUUGACGACAAACCGCGUCUCCAACGCGUUCCGCACGCUCCCGCCGUUGCUGCAAUCGAAGGAGUCGAUGCGCGCAAGCCCACUGACUUCAAUUCGGACAUCUUACGUUCCAACAAGAAUCGCUACCGCUGUAUCGCCGUCUUCUACAAGUUCUGCGCGACGCCUAAGCGCGAGUACUUCUUUAGCCGUGCCGCCAACGCCUGCGUACCCGUGGGUGCUAUGCCGGGUGUCCAGUUGUGCAACCACGGUGCCAACCGAUACGCGUCGAUGGAUGACUGUUCCCUGCAGUGUGUGCGUACACCGCACCAGAGCAGGAGGUGCUUCCAGACAGCGCUGUUCACCACGUGCAGCAGCGACGACAUGGUGAACGGCAGCAGCACGUGGUUUUUCGAUGGCACAGGAUGCCGCAUGUGGCAGUUCCCUUUGGGUCAGUGCCCCUCUCUGGACGGUGAUUUGUUCGCCAGCCGGGAGCUGUGCACCACUAGGUGCCUUAGUCGCGUGGUCGCGAACUCUGACCUCGUUGGCGCCGAAAGUGGCAACAGCAUCUUCACUCGGGACCCGACGGUGUGCCGCGUUCCAAGACCGAGCGUUUGCACGAGCCAGCAGCGUCGGUUUCCCGUCUUCUUCCAGCGCGCCGUUGACCCUGGAAGCAGCCCUCGAUGCCAGCCGGCGACGCUGGUUGGAGACACGGGCCAUCGGUGCCUUGCGGGCACCAAUAAGUUCCGCUCGCAGAACGAGUGCGAGAGCGUGUGUGUUCACGGCGUGUAAGGGGCAGGCCGAACGUGUCGGCGUUAUUCGAGUGAAUAAUAAAUUGUGGCUCGCGUGAG